AUGGCAGCGAUUCACUUUUUUAUGAUGCUGCUUAUAGCAAGCAGCUUAUCUGCCAAGAAGGUCGAUCAGAAAGCAAAGGUGUCAGAACUUCUCGAGAACGGCAUCAAAGACGAGCCUGCAGGAAAGCUUGCUAAGAGAGGCAUUAUUUCCUCGGGUCACGGAUACGUAUCCUCUGGAUUAUCGCACGGAAUCGGCUACGGUUCCGGAUUGUCACAUGGAAUCAGCAUCGGUUCUGGAUUAUCUCACGGCAUUGGUAUCGGUUCAGGCUUGUCGUCAUCAAUCGGCCUUGGCGGCAUUUCUGGAAUAGGAUAUGGUGGAGGUGCAGGCAUAGCAAUUGGAGGAGGCUCUGGAAUCGGAAUUGGAGGAGGUGCUGGAAUCGGAAUUGGUUCUGGAAUAGCAGUCGGAGGAGGACCCGCAGUAGCAGUCGCAGCCCCAGCUGUUGCUGUAGCUGCAGCACCUGCUGUUGCUGUCGCACCCCAAGUACAAACAUCCGUCUCAGUACAACCAAAUCCAGUCAUUCUUCGUCAAGAAGUACCUAGAUUUAUUACACGGACAAUCACCAGGGAUGUGCAGGUACCGGUUCAAGUUCCCGUACCAGUACCGGUUGACCGUCAAGUUCCGUACCCAGUCAGAGUUCCAGUGCCAGUACCAGUCGACAGACCAGUACCAGUUAUUCAUAAAGUACCCGUUGAGAUAACAAGACAGGUUCCUGUGUACUAUGAAAGGAAGGUACCUUACCCAGUCAAGGUUCCAGUAUCAGUACCAGUACCCUACCCAGUGACAGUUGAAAAGCAAGUACCAGUAGACAGACCAGUAUACGUAGACCGUCAAGUACCCGUUCCUCACCCAGUGUACGUCGAUCGUCAAGUUAAUGUACCAGUUCCCGUGCACGUAGACAGGCCAGUUCCAGUGCCCCACCCAGUGGUCGUAGAUAGGCCAGUCGCCGUACCACAGCCCGUUGUCGUUGAAAAACAAGUUGCAUCUGUUCCAAUAUCAACAGGUAUUUCUAGCAUCUCUGGUGGAUACGGAGGUGGCUUGUCAUACGGAGGUGGUCUGUCAUACGGAAGUGGUCUAUCCUACGGAGGUGGUCUAUCCUACGGAAGUGGUUUGUCAUACGGUCAUGGUUCGUCUGGUCUCAUUUCAUCCGGCUACGGUAUUUCAUCUGGCUACGGUCACUCAGGCGGUCUAUCCGGAUACUCCAAAAUCAUCAGUAGCCACUAA